CCACUCUAGUGCUAGUGCCCCGGCGGACGCCUAGCUCCCGUUGACGUAUGAGUGAAGUGCGAUCGCGUAGCGGUGUGGCGUGUCAGCUUGGGAUUAUACAUUCGAUUCGAUGGCACAAGAUGGUCCACUUGUUCUCUUCAUCUUCGCCGUGAUAUUGCAGUAUCAGACCGCCGCCACGUCGGAUGCUGUGAACGAAACAAGUAGCUUGGUAAAACCGGUGCCGGCGCUGGUGUAUACGGAAUAUGAGGCUGCCAGAACAGUGCGCGACAGAGAUCAGACUUACAGGAAUUACCUGAGAAACGCACGUCUAAAUAGACCAGAUGUCGACAGGUAUACAGUUGAAGAAAGACGGACGUCAUUCAUAGAUAAAGGCGAUCAGAUAGCACACAAGCAAUACGAGCGCAAGCAGCACAGAGAAGAUUACCACGGCCCCGAUGAGCGGCGCCACUAUCGGUACUCAGACUAUGCCGACGUCGACGAUGACUACAGGCUCACAGACCACGUGACAUACCACCAAUUCGAUGACGAGCUUGGGACGCAUCAUCGUCACACGCAAUACGUCAUUCUUCACGACGACGAUGUCACCGGUGGAUAUAUAAAAUAUGUCGGCUACAUAACCAAAGCAACACCAUUUGGAAUAAAGAUCGUCGCUGUGGCCAAGCCAUACUAUAGGCGCUAUGGCAACUACGCCGCCGCCACGAGCGGGAGACCGAAAGAGACUCCUUACAACGACCUAGACGGAAACUACGGAGGUUUCUACUCUCUGCGCGGAUUACGUCACGCGCGCACGUACCGGCCACCAGAGGGCGCGAUGACGGCCAGAAAGAGAAUUGACGACGCAUCUGUAGGAUACCGGAGAAGAGCGAUCCCUAGUGGGGACGUAAACCAAUCGUUCUCGCCCGUGAUUCGCAAGCGAAGCGGCCAUCAACAGAGCGCGACUAAUGUCGGGAUCGUGCCGCAAGAGACCACGGCAGACAAGAUGGAAGCUAAAACCUUGUCCCGCCGUUCACCGGUGACACCCAAGCAUCGGCGAAGAGGUAGCCCGCUAGAGGUCGCGGCGAAUCGACGCAGAGAAAUCACGUAUGACCACCAGGCGGCGCGUAGGGAUUCCUAUACCGGGAAACAGUCGUCGACGCAGCGGGCGUACGGAGCUGGCAGCCCGAUAGACAGAAAACCCCAUAAAGACCCGUACGGUUACCCGGUUUAUGAAUACACACCGGCCGCGGGAGUUCAUGGAUAUGGACCAGUCGGUUAUGGCAGCGGUCAGCAUGCAUACACGCUAAAAUCCUAUCCUUAAAAAUACUAAACCACGAAUAGCGGGAUGUAUAGUGGGAGAGCACAGUGUGUAUUAUGUGAGCGUACAACAAUAUGAUUAUAUCCGGGGUGACACGAUAAGGGAUUAUGACAAUAAUUCACAUAUUCACAAUGCACAUAUAUUAUAGGGAUGUUACAUUAUACAGUCAGUUGGGUUUCUCCCUUAUACGUCAUUGCUCGUGCUGCAUUAUUUAAACAGCUAAGGGGCCGUCUACAAUCAUGAAAUAACCAAAUUACACAACCAAAUUACCAAAUAAUUAACACUGAGGCUACAUGUAUCACUACUGUAUUUACCCUCGGCUACAUUCACGUUGGAACAACGUUUUAACACAAUAUAUGACGUGUAUCGAUAUGGCUGACAGCCUGCGUGACGCGCAAAUACCGUGAACGCGCAAAUACCGUGAACGCGCAAAUACCGUGAACGCGCAAAUACCGUGAACGGGCAAAUACCGUGAACGCGCAAAUACCGUGAACGCGCAAAUACCGUGAACGUGCAAAUACCGUGAACGCGCUAAUACCGUGAACGCGCAAAUACCGUGAACGCUCAAAUACCGUGAACGCGCUAAUACCGUGAACGCGCAAAUACCGUGAACGGGCAAAUACCGUGCACGCGCAAAUACCGUGAACGUAGUCACGGCAUAGUGUAACACAGGUAAGACAUCCAGGUGAAGCACGAUCGACGAUAAAGACGUCUAGAUAACGUUAAAGACAGAGAGGAAACCUCUACGAGGAUAACGACUGCAAACCUCCGCGCACGUAAUCAACCGAAUGCCAAUUAUCGACAUUCUAUUAGCAUCAUCGUAGGAAAUACGUGCGUUUGUGACGAUAGAGAGGUUUCAUCUGAUGCCUCACCAACUUUAUGAGAUGGUGCGUACAUAAUAAAUAUAUAACGAGGGACAUACGCGAAACAAAUAACUACGGCCGUCAUAUACGCGCAUGUAACGCGGCAAUAACGUUUCCAUCGAUUGGUACGUGCGCCAUUGGGAACGGUGCAUUCAUAUUGCUACCGAAUACACAGCCAGUUUUACCAUUCGGUAGAUUACCAGAUUUCGCAUUGCACGCAAAAGAUAUUUUUGUUGUUACGGCUAUGUAUUUUCGACUUCUUUUACAAGCAAAAACAAGAGGAUUUGACAGCCAAACAGAACAAUGCUGUGUGCCAGAAAUCGUGCGACAAGUUAACCGAUGUUGCAUAGGCGAAUGGGUAAAAUUACCCGGCUAUUGCCGCUAUUCCAACGAUGAGAGUACAUGGGUAAAUACGGACGACGCAAACAGACAGCAGACGACAUUAGCGGAAGUGAAUAACAGAUCUUAUUAUCAUAUUAUAUUAGUCUUCUUAUUGUUUACUCCAGCAGGGUGGGUGUUUGUGGGUGACGCGAGGGUGUUCUAAGCCUCUAGGCAGCAAAGCUUACGCAAAUGUAUUGCUAGUUUGUAGUUGUCCCCCAUCUAGCCUCUGAUAAUGUUGAUGAACGGACCUGUUUGUGCACGUUAGUUUUGCGUAUUCUCACGCAUUUUAUAGAUUCUUGCUAUUGUCACUCUAUUGCUAGAUGUCUUUAUGCUCGCGGCGGUGAAAUCAGAGAACAUCUAUGUUGAGAAACAACACAUGACGCAUAUAUGACGUUUAUUGUGAUCUUUUACAUGGUCUUAUUCGGACGAAACAAAUCUGCGCUUAGUUGCAGCUGCGAAUGAGUGUGCGUGAGUGCGUACGUGCGUGCGUGCGUGCGUGCGUGUGAGUAUAGCAGAGACAAUUGAACUUGCAAAAAUACGUUUCAUCAUUGCACACAAAAGCAUCCUAUGUAACUAUUGAUUGUGAACGGGCUUUCAGUAAAAAAGUUUCAACAAAUGCCCGAAUAUUACUCCGAAAUGUUAAUUGUGUAGUAAGAAACCUUAUUGACUUAGACAACAUCCGAUACAAUUAGAAAUAAAGGUGAAUACUUUUAAUAAUA